AUGAAUUCUUCUUGGGGUAAAGAACCUUUUGAAGUUGAAGAUCAGAGCCUAACUUUGAGUACUGAUGCCAAGGAAGAAGAAGCUGAAUCCUCCCAAGAUUUGAAUAAUGAAGAGGAAAUCGAAGAAUUUCCUAUUCAGGCUGUUAAAGAAAAGCGUUAUAUCGGUGUGAGAAAACGGCCAUGGGGAAAGUAUGCUGCUGAGAUAAGGGAUUCCACAAGGAAUGGAACAAGGGUUUGGCUUGGAACAUUCGACAGCGCGGAAAAAGCUGCUUUGGCUUAUGACCAAGCUGCAUUUGUGAUGCGUGGAGCUUCAGCACCCAUAAAUUUCUCAAUAGAGAAAGUAAAAGAAUCCCUUAAAAACAUGAACUACAUGUGCAAAGAUGGUUCAUCUCCAGCUGUAGCCAUAAAAGAGACUCACAGGACUAGGGGUUCGUCGAAACACAGAGGGAAAAAGAAACAAAUAAGUAAAGAAGAAGAUGUUUUGGUGCUUGAGGACUUGGGAUCUGAUCUAUUAGACGAGUUAUUAUCAAAAAGUUGA